CUGUUGUUUGCUUCUUAUCAGUAUAAUGACACAAGUCUUUGCUUUACCACGUAUAAAAAUAAAAUGAAUCUCUUGUCGCACAAGCGACCUUCUGAACUUGGCACAACCUGCUGCUUUGUAUUUGAUCCUUUUCCAUGCGAAAUGAAAAACCUUGUUCAGGUACAGCAAUUCAAGUAUAAAUAAGCUUUCGAAUUUUCUUUAGGUUGACCAGCCACCAUCUUUAGUGUGUCGAAUCCUUAGGAAACGAUGCAUCUGGACCGAAAAUUCUGACGUAUGCACUCGAUGUGCACAGAAUGGCUCUGAGUGUAUACCGAUCGACGUCUAUCAAGGAAGCGAUAGUGGUGAGCCUGUAGCGCAAGACGGCGAACAAGAAUUAAAAGAAUGGGAAGACGAUGUGUCGAAAUUGCAAGAUGCAAUUGAAGAAAUGGAGUCUGCCCUCGCCAAGUCAGUAAUACCCACGAUAACAAGCAGUAGCAGCAGCUCGUUACCUCCUAGUACGAUUUAUCCAAGCUUUUCUGGCCAGAUCAAACCAGCCCUUACUCUCAGCUAUAGCAGGAGUACCAGUAGCAGUAGCAGCAGCAGCAUCAUUAGCAGCAGCAUAGGCGGGACCUCCACCAGCAGCAUCACCAGCAUCGACGACAGUGGCGACGAAAACAGUGUUGGAGGAUAUGAUGAUAACAACAGUAGUGCUGCCAACAAGUUGAAUCAAAUCGAACCUGUGUGGCAACUGACCAUUGUCGAUGGCCAUAUCCGACUUGAUUCGGCAAUCCAAACACUAGACGAACUGGAAAUGUAUACACGAGCUUCACUGCGAUACCUCUCACCAUUUAAAGCAAUCUUUAGUACGGAGCAGAUCUAUUUCGACAGCCCGUCUAUCAGCAUACCACUCGCUUCGAUCAGCUUCAUGCAACGCAGCAUUAUCAAGAAACCACGCAAAAAGUUUUUGACAAUUGGGUACGACGAUUCUACGACAUACGACUAUCGAGCUAUCGCUGAUAAGGAGCUUAUCCCACUGUAUCUGGAAAAGUACAAUGUCAUGACAGGGUUCCUACAUGCACCAACGUUUCUAAAACACUAUCACGAACUUGAUGACCCACUCGACGAUCCACUCGUGUUGGCUGUGUGUGUCGACGCGGUGGCUGCGCUACGUCACAAUCUCCACUAUACUCCUGUGGAAAAACGUCAUCUUGCAGAUUAUUUCUAUACCAAAUGCAAAAACAUGCUGCUUGACAUGUUUGACGAUCCUACCCUCAAAUUUGAAUCUGUAACCAUUACCACUUUCUUACAAAUGUUCCUCAUGGAUAUGGUGAUCGACUUUGCUGAAGCACGGCGUUUGGUGACGAUCGCACUGUUGAUAUGUUCAGAACUGGACGUAGCUUAUGCCAAAGAUGAAAUGAAUCCAGUCGAACGAGUCUUAUAUCAGCGACACCGACUUACUCUGGCCAUGUUCAAUCGUACAAUUGAUGUAGUCCUAGAAGAUAGAAUCGAUCUCACGGCUUCAGCGACUAUCAAGCUCAAUACCUUGGACGACGAACCCGAAACGCUAAAGCAGUAUGUGGCUGUGUCUAACCACAUACUUGAAUUUGUUGGUACUCCUUUUGUCGCGAAUGUAUUGAAACGUAUCAAUCGUCUUAUCUACGGACAAUCCUGUAGCUUGCGCUUGGAUGAUAUAUUGCACUUUGAGCCUUUAGCUCGCGAAUGGUUUGAUGGUCUCCCACCAGAAUUUCGUAUCUGCAAAGAUCCUUUUGCACCAAACGUCCACACGUUGAUCGAAAACAAUACUUCUCAAUAGUGUUGUGACAAUGGAUGUUAUGCAGCUCAUCCGUAAUAAGGCAUCGUCACUCGCGAUCACGUCUUGUAAGGUGCUACUUUGUGUGAUGCGUGUCAAUCUAGAACAAGACUUAA